AUGUCGGAGGAGAAGAUUGUCGAGGCAGCGUACCCCGAAGACAGCUCUUUCGAAGGCACGAGCGACUCUAGCUUGGAUGUUGAGAAGGUCAUUGGCGUGCAGAUCGCACAGGAGAGCAACCAUGCCGUCAAGUACAGGACCUGCUCGUGGCAGAAGACGGCUGGGCUACUGUUCUCCGAAUACAUCUGCCUUGCCAUCUUGUCCUUCCCAUGGUCAUUCUCUAUCCUCGGGAUGGCGCCAGGGAUUAUCGUGACCAUUGCGGUCGCCGCGAGCGUACAAUAUACAUCGCUCAUUCUCUGGCGCUACUGCCUCAAGCACCCAGAGGUUCGCGACGUGUGCGACAUAGGCAAGAAGCUCUUUGGCGGCUCGCAGAUCGCAUACAAUAUCACUGCCGUGUUUUUCAUCCUGAACAACACGUUCAUUCAAGCUCUCCACUGCCUCGUUGGCGCAAAGCUUCUGAAUACCCUGACCAACGGGCAUACAGCAUGCACUGUCGUUUGGAGCGUUGUGAUUGCGGUCAUCUGCUUCUUCGUCAGCCUUCCACGGCCACUCAGCCAGCUCAGCGGGCUCGGCGUCUUCAGCGCUGCAACGAUGGGUAUCGCAGUGCUACUCGCAAUCAUCUUCGCAGGCAUCCAAGACCAUCCGUUUGGGUACAUUCCAGGGCAAGAACCUCUUGUGACGCGUCUUCCCGUGGCCGGCACGACGUACGUCGGGGGCAUGUCCGCGUUCCUCAACAUCACGUACACCUUCGUCGGUCAGAUCACGCUACCGUCAUUCAUCGCCGAGAUGAAGAACCCGAAGGACUUUCCCAAGGCGCUCUGGGCGGUCACUAUCGCUGAGGUCGUCGUUUUCACGCUCUGCGGCGCGCUCAUGUAUCAUUUCGUUGGCAACCAGUAUAUGACCUCGCCCGCGUUCGGGAGCCUGCAGCCCGUGUACAAGAAGAUCGCGUUCUCGUUUGCGAUCCCGACGAUCAUCUUCCUGGGCUCACUUUACUCUUCCGUGUCUUCGCGCUUUGUCUUCUUCCGGCUCUUCCGCAACUCGCGCCAUCGGUACGAGAAUACGCUCGUCGCGUGGGGUGCCUGGGCCGCCAUCGUGGGGCUGACUUGGACUUGCGCAUUUGUCAUCGCCGAAGUCAUUCCCUUCUUCAGCGACAUGCUGAGUCUCAUGAGCUCGCUCUUCGAUGGCUGGUUCGGGUUUAUAUUCUGGGGCAUGGCCUACCUGACGCUCUACCCGGGCGCGAAGAAGUGGGCGGGCGCGUGGCGUAGCGCAGAGACGAUGCUUAACUAUGGCAUCAUCCUCUUCGGCCUCUAUAUCCUCGUCGCGGGCACAUACACAUCCAUUAAGAGCAUCAUCAUCGACUUCAAUGGGCAGACAGUCUUCAGCUGCGCCAGCAACGGAUUGUAG